UGUAUGUUGAGCACAAUUAAAGCUAAAAUGAUGAUAGUAGCAAACACGUCUGUGCUCUUGGAAUGAUUCGUUGUGGUUGUUUUAAUGGUACUCAAAAUUUUUAAAAUCAUUGUGCUUUUGUAAAGACUUUUAUAAACAAGGCGUUUUUCGCACCGGCUGGUGAAACAUCCAAAUUUUUUAACUCAGAGUGAAAACAAUGAAAGCGAAACAAUCUUGUAAGCGAAGCGAAACCGGUAUUUUCCAAUUAACGUUUAUCGGAGCAAACAACUUAUAUUUAAUGUUGUGAUCAGAAUUUCAGUGUGAGGUUUUCUCUGCAAAAUCGGGUUCUAGAUUUGAAGAGUGCAAGAAUAUUUCUAUCCCUGAAGCCUUCGCUGUCAACUAAAAUAUGUUGGAAAAUCUGACACCCGAGGAAGCUGAAGCAAUCAAAGAGCUAGAACAACGCAUGAAAGGUGAUGUCCCUUCUAAAAUGCUUGAAGAAGUCUCUCUCUUUUACAGAUUUUUGAAAGCAAGAGAUUUUAACCUGAAAGAUGCUGAGCUGAUGAUGAGAAAGCACAUUCAGUGGUAUAAAGCAAAUGGAAUAGAAGAUAUAUUAGUAAACUAUCAGCCACCAGAAGUUCUGGUAAAGUACGUCCCUAAUGAUUUUGUUGGUUUUGAUAAAGAAGGAUGCCCUGUUCGUUAUUGUGCUAUAGGAAAUACAGAUUAUAAAGGCAUUUUCAAAGCUGUUAAGUUCACAGAGCUAACAAAGUAUGUCUCACUGACAAUUGAACAUGAUCUCGAGCGUUUGAAGAGCCAAAGUAAAAAGCUAGGAAAAUUGCUGACCCAAAUUGUUUACAUAUAUGAUUUUGAUCAAAUGACAUUAGCCAAAGCAACUAAUAAGUCAAUUUUUCAAGACUUGCUGUGCUUUCCAAAAUUACUUAUGUAUUUGCAUUUUCUGACAGCUCUUGAACUACUUUUACAAGGUCUAAAAUUAUAUCAGGAUAAUUGCCCUGAACGGUUGAAAGCUGUCUAUAUCAUAAACGCUUCAUUGUACUUCACUAUCUUCUUUUCUGUUAUCAAAACAAUUUUGGCAAGAGACCUUAUUCGGAAAAUUCGUGUUUUCGGAACAGAUGGUUGGAAAGAGAAACUGCUUGAGGAGAUAGAUGAAGAUGUUUUACCAGCAUUUCUUGGUGGAACAAGAACCGAUCCUGAUGGAAACCCACUUUGCAACACAUUUAUUAAUCAUGGUUAUCCAGUACCCGAAAAAUACUUUUUCAAGAGCAGCGAAAAAUCAUUGUCCCAAGUUCCAGGAAUCAAGAAACUUAUGGUCACACGUUUCUCCAGCGUCGAUAUGACAUUUGAUGUUGGAGAACCUGGGACAGUAAUUGAAUGGGAAUUCGAAACGAAGAGUAGAGAUAUUGGGUUUGGACUAUUUUAUCAAGAAAACACAAAUGAAGAAGUCACUGAAGUCAUACCCAAGCAGAGGAUAGACACAAGCAUGGAACCUGAAUUAGGAAUGUUUAAAUGUGAUAAAGCCGGCAAAUACAUCAUGGUAUUUGACAAUUCGUACAGUUGGUUACAUCCAAAGGAAAUCUAUUGCCGAGCAACACUAGUGAAUCCAAAAGAUGAGGAAACACGAUCAGCAUAACAUGUUGCAAUUGUUUACAUGGAAAAAUGCGUUUUUUAUUAUUUUUCUUUGCGAAUUUUAGAUUGUGUAACAGGCGUUUCUUGCCUUUAACGGAAUUUUUAAACACGUGUAACUAUGCUUUUCAGUGUUUAUUCUGCUCAAAAUCUAAACUUCAAUGGACAUAUCAAGCACAUCACGCAGUUUCUGAGUAAAAUUAAUUUCCAGCUAUAAAGUGUAUUGCGAAGCAUAGCUUAAUUUUUGUAUCAUUGUGCUUAAUCUAUUAAUUGUAUGAAGUGUUUAUGUAAUGUCGUCCCUAAUGUGCAGUUUUAUUUUUUCGAAUAAAUAUAUUUUAUUAAA